AUUGAUUUUGCUGGUCGGAGGAUAAUAGAAGAUGAACCAAUCAUAAAUGAUGAAAAAAUGGAAGAAGAUGCCGAUGCCAUUACUUCAGGUUCUCCUUCAAAAAGACGUGAGGUUUAUGAAGACUCUCACUCCUUCCUUUGUAACCCAAUGGUACCUGUCAGUCCACCUAAAUAUUUGGGUGCCAAGAAGAGGAAAGGAGGAGGAGGAGGGAAGGAGAGAGACUCAGUUGUACCAAUGCCUCGUCUGCAAGAUCCAAACUUAAUGGAAAUGACUGACAAAGGUGUAUGUCUAAGUAUGCAUCAACCUUGGGCUUCUCUACUAGUCUGUGGAAUUAAAAGACAUGAGGGUAGAUCAUGGUAUACCUCUCAUCGCGGUAAGCUAUGGAUCGCUUCAACAGCUAAAGAACCCGAUCCAGCCGUCAUCAAAGACCUUGAGAGUUUCUAUAAAGACUAUUAUGAAGAUUCAGGAGAAAUUACAUUUCCAAGCUCAUAUCCAUCUGGUUGUUUAUUAGGGUGUGUUGAAGUCAGUGACUGUUUGAAUAGAGAUGAAUACACUGAUAAGUAUCCAAACGGUGAGAGUGAGUCUCAGUUUGUGUUUAUAUGUCACUCGCCUCAAGAGCUGUUGAUCAAACAACCAAUCAAAGGGAAGCAUAAAUUAUGGAGACUACCAAGAGAUGUACAUAAUGCAGCUAAAAGAACACUUAACUACAGUUCAUAAUAACAAAGGCGUGUUUUUUGUACAUCAAUUCUGUUCAUUUAUCUGCAUGGAUCAAUUUUCUAUUAUAUCUAGCUAAUUAUAGCUCAAAUUCA